AUCGCGCUGCUCCUCGGCGAUGACGUAUAUGUUGCGCAGGCGCAGGGUGGGGAGACCUUGGAUAAGUCUUACCAGGCGUUCAGCGGAGGUGAAAACCCCUGGUUGGAGGGACGGGACCGAGGGACGAUGCAGAGUUGGAGCCGUGUGUACCGCUCCUUGGCCAAGAAAGGCCAUUUCAAUCGAAUAUCUCAUGGCCUACAAGGAGUUUCUUCAGUUCCUUUAAGAACUUAUGCAGACCAACCAAUUGAGGCUGACGUGACAGUGAUAGGUUCUGGCCCUGGAGGAUAUGUUGCUGCCAUCAAAUCUGCCCAGUUAGGCUUUAAGACAGUCUGCAUUGAGAAAAAUGAGACACUAGGUGGAACAUGCUUGAACGUUGGUUGUAUUCCUUCAAAGGCUUUAUUAAAUAAUUCUCAUUAUUACCAUAUGGCCCAUGGAAAAGAUUUUGCAUCUAGGGGAAUUGAAAUACCAGAAGUUCGCUUGAAUUUAGAGAAGAUGAUGGAGCAGAAGCAUUCUGCAGUAAAAGCAUUAACAGGGGGAAUUGCUCACUUAUUCAAACAAAAUAAGGUUGUUCACGUCAAUGGAUUUGGAAAGAUAACUGGCAAGAAUCAAGUUACAGCUACAAAAGCUGAUGGCAGCACUCAGGUUAUUGAUACCAAAAACAUCCUUGUAGCUACGGGCUCAGAAGUUACUCCUUUUCCUGGAAUCACGAUCGAUGAAGAUACUAUAGUGUCGUCUACAGGAGCUUUAUCCUUAAAAAAAGUUCCCGAGAAGCUGGUUGUUAUUGGGGCAGGAGUGAUUGGUGUGGAACUGGGUUCAGUUUGGCAAAGACUUGGUGCAGAUGUGACAGCAGUUGAAUUUUUGGGUCAUGUGGGUGGAAUUGGAAUUGACAUGGAGAUAUCAAAAAAUUUUCAACGUAUACUUCAGAGGCAAGGAUUUAAGUUUAAACUGAAUACAAAAGUUACUGGUGCCACCAAGAAGUCAGAUGGAAAAAUUGAUGUGUCUGUCGAAGCUGCUUCUGGCGGUAAAGCUGAAGUUAUCACUUGUGAUGUACUCUUGGUUUGCAUUGGUCGGCGGCCCUUUACUCAGAAUUUGGGGCUAGAAGAACUUGGAAUUGAACUAGAUCCCAAAGGUAGAAUUCCAGUCAAUAACAGAUUUCAAACUAAAAUUCCAAAUAUCUAUGCUAUUGGAGAUGUGGUUGCUGGUCCAAUGUUGGCUCACAAAGCAGAAGAUGAAGGCAUCAUCUGUGUUGAAGGGAUGGCAGGCGGUGCUGUGCACAUUGAUUAUAAUUGUGUGCCAUCAGUGAUUUACACACACCCCGAGGUUGCUUGGGUUGGCAAAUCAGAAGAACAGUUGAAAGAAGAGGGUAUUGAGUUCAAAAUUGGAAAAUUCCCCUUUGCUGCAAACAGCAGAGCUAAAACAAAUGCUGACACAGAUGGCAUGGUGAAGAUUCUUGGACAUAAGUCAACAGAUAGAGUUCUGGGAGCACAUAUUCUAGGACCAGGUGCUGGAGAAAUGGUGAAUGAGGCGGCCCUGGCAUUGGAAUAUGGUGCUUCCUGUGAAGAUAUAGCUCGAGUCUGCCAUGCGCAUCCGACCUUAUCAGAGGCUUUUAGAGAAGCAAACUUGGCUGCAGCUUUUGGAAAACCAAUCAACUUUUAAUUAGAAGAUUGUUUUUCUUAAAAUCUGGAAGCUUUUGUCAACAUUACAUUUUUGAACAGGAUAAUCUUCCAGUUCCAAGGAUUUGCAGGAUGAAAUUAUGAAACUUGUGGAAGGUCUUUAGUAGGUUUGAACAGAAUGGGAUAACCAUGUACCUAUAUGUCACGUAUCUUGUUCCAGGGCAUUAAUGCAAACAGAAAACUACAUAUAGAAGAAUCCUGGAAAGUUUUUGACCUGUUUUCAUACUGUCUACGAGAUUCAACUUCACUGAAUUAGCACUAAUAGAUUUUACCUCUAAUUUAGUGGAGGUGAAUCUGUUGACAAGGAAGGAGCUGGAGAAUAUGUGUGAACAACUUGAAGAAAACUGGCAAAGUUACUUUAAAUUUGGUUUUCAUAUUGGAAACGAGUCAGUGACUAGAACAAGAUUCAAAUAUGUACAAACAGCUUAUGUAAAUAAAACUGAUUGUCUCUCAUUUAUUUAACUUCCAAAUUCCUGGCAGUUUAAGAGGUAGAAAUACAUGUUACCUAAAUGAAGAUUUUUGUCUACAGAAGUAUUAAAUGGAGACUCAUGAUUAUACCAGGGAAUGAAGAUACCAAAAUAAACAUGUCUUAAAUAUUUAUUUACUGGUUAUUCUGAGUGUAUAUUAAGAUUGUUCUAAUUCUCACUACCUCUGAUUACCUUUUAUUUUGAAUUGUCACGUCUGCAGCACUGAAUGUUCACACUGUCCAACA